CUCUCUCUCUCUGUGUGUGUGUAGCUGACUGUCCGCAGGGCUGUAAACAUGGAGACUGCGUUGGACCGGACAGAUGCAAAUGUCGCCCUGGAUACACCGGCAAAGCCUGUAACCAAGACCUGAACGAGUGCGGCGUGAAGCCUCGGCCCUGCAAGCACCGCUGCAUGAACACGCCGGGCAGCUACAAGUGUUACUGUCUGGACGGAUACGCUCUGCAGCCCGACGGCAGCUGCAGGAAUGUCAGAACCUGUUACCAUGCCAACUGCCAGUACGGCUGUGAGGUGAUGAAAGGCGAGGUGCGGUGUACCUGUCCGUCUCCGGGGUUACGGCUGGGCCCAGACAGACGCUCCUGUGUGGACAUCGACGAAUGUUCUCAGGGAGGUGGAGUGUGUCCCCGUCGCAGGAAGUGCUACAACACGUUCGGGAGCUUCUUCUGUAAAUGUCACCUGGGCUUCAAGCUGAUGUACAUCAACGGGCGCUACGCCUGCGUCGGUGAGGCUGCAUGGCUGGGUUACA